CUUAGUUUCUCUUUUGGAUAGCUAGUCACCACACCGAUCCGCUUGAAGCCUAGUCUUGAAAUGGACACUCCUCUUCCCGAAACAUACCCUACUCAAUGUUGCCUACCCUGUGAAAAGGAGCUAAACUUGAUGUUGUACUUGCACCAAGUCGUAGGACCAAACGCCAAUCAAAAGACAACAAUACCAACAAAACCCGGUGAGAGUUUGUUUGGUAUCACUGCUGUUAAUAACUGGGCCAUAGUUGAUGCCCCAGAUUUCAAAGCAAAGGUCGUUGGUCAUGCACAAGGCAUUCAUGUCAUGGCUGAUCAACCAAGUGUUGGCUAUUACAAUUCUUUCAACCUUGCGUUUGUGGAGGGAAGCUUCAAGGGAGCGACUCUUCAGGUGAUGGGGAUUUUUAAUCCCGUGGGGGAAUGGGCCAUUAUCGGUGGAACUGGAGAACUUACUAUGGCACGUGGUACUAUCAAAUACAAAAUACUCCAGGAGUCUGCUGGCAUUGAGAGUAUUCGGGAACUGAAUAUUCGCGCAUUCUACACGCCCCCAAGCGCACUAGUUGUCAAGGGCGCAUGAUGGGAUCAACUGCCCGAUCAAAAGGCACUACUCAUGGGACAUUAAUAAUAUCUAUAAAAAUAGUGAGCAUAUUGAUGUCUAUCGGUGUUGCGAGUGUGAAGAUUCCCCUGUUUUAUUUUAUAUAAAAUAAUACAUGGAUUACAGUAUAUGAGCUGAUUAUCCAUGCUUCUGUUGUGCAACCUUUAAUGUAAAGUUUGAUUGACUGUAUUGGAUCUUAUACUUUAUACGUAUGAUCCACAUCUUAUAUAA